CAGAUGAACUGGACUUUCUCUCUCAGACACAAUGGCUGAUGGCUCUCUCAAAUAUCAUGGCUUCCGUGGGCAACCAGGGCUUUCAUUACAAUCAGCAAGCAAAGUAGACUUUUUGACAUAUGAAAACAGUACUAUGUUCAACAAAAGGAAAAAAGAAAAACGUGAAAAACUGGGCUAUGGUGGCUUGACGUGUCGACCAACCCUUCCUUCAUUUCCCCCCUCUAUUUCUUCUGUCUCUGUUCCAUUCUCUUCUCUGUCUAUUCAAUCAAGAUUGAACAGAUACCCAAAGUUGGAAAAUAAGCUCUUUUUUUUUUCUGUUUCUUUUUUUCUGGGUUCAAUCAAAACUUUGUUAUACAGAAACUGUUCAUCAAACAAUCAAGGAACCUGAAAAAAAAUGGAAGUGUUACUGUCUUCAUCAUCUCCUUUAUCAGUUCAUUCAAGAUUGGCUUUCUAUGCACUUAAAAAACCAAAAGAUCCUACCAUUGCCUUUCACUCUAGCAACAGCAACGCAAUAUCUUCUUCAUUUUCUUCUUGUUUUGGCAUCUCAAUCUCACAAAGGCUACAAAGCAAGAAGACCCUUUUUUUAAAACGUUUCAAUUCCAGCAAAAAACGUAGAAUUCUUCAAGUUUCUGCUGUUUUUGAGAGAUUUACAGAGAGAGCAAUAAAAGCUGUGAUUUUUUCUCAGAGAGAAGCAAUAGCUUUAGGCAAAGAUACGGUUUUUACACAGCAUCUUUUGUUGGGUUUAAUUGGUGAAGAUUGUGAUCCAAAAGGGUUUCUUGGGUCUGGAAUCAAGAUUGAUGAAGCUCGUGAAGUUGUUAAAAGCACUUGGGAUAGUGAGAGUGAUAGUGUUGAUGCUAGCGAGUCAGUUUCUAAAGAAGAGAGUGGUGUUUCCCCUAGUAAUGUGCCCUUUUCUAUUAAUACUAAGAGGGUUUUUGAGGUUGCUGUUGAGUAUUCAAGGGCAAUGGGUCAUAAUUUUAUUGCACCAGAACAUAUAGCCAUCGGUUUGUUCACCGUUGAAGAUGGAAAUGCAGACAGGGUUCUUAAGAGAUUUGGUGUUGAUGGCGAUCACUUGGCUGCUAUAGCAGUCACCAAACUUCAAGGGGAGCUUGUGAAAGAUGGAAGAGAACCAUCUGUGGAAUCAAAAGGAAAACGUGAGAAAUCUUUUUCUAAGAAAGCAGCAAGAGAUAAGAGUGCAUUGGCCCAAUUCUGUGUGGAUCUUACUGCCCAAGCAAGUGAAGGACUCAUUGAUCCAGUAAUUGGAAGACACUCUGAAAUUGAAAGAAUUGUUCAGAUACUUUGCCGUAGAGCGAAAAAUAACCCCAUUCUUCUUGGUGAAAGUGGAGUUGGAAAAACAGCCAUUGCCGAAGGAUUAGCAACUAGUAUCGCACAGGCUGACGUUCCUGUGUUUCUCCUGGAGAAGCGUGUAAUGUCCUUGGAUGUUGGACUGUUAAUUGCUGGUGCAAAGGAAAGGGGAGAACUAGAGGCACGAGUUACUACAUUAAUAAGAGAGAUACUGAAAGAAGGCAACAUCAUUCUUUUUAUUGAUGAAGUGCACACACUAGUUGGGUCUGGCACUGUCGGAAAAGGGAACAAGGGAUCUGGCCUCGACAUUGCUAAUUUAUUGAAGCCAUCUCUUGGGAGGGGUGAAUUUCAGUGUAUCGCAUCCACAACAGUUGACGAAUACAGAACUCAUUUUGAAAAUGAUAAAGCAUUAGCAAGGAGAUUUCAGCCUGUGUUGAUUAAUGAGCCAAGCCAGGAGGAUGCAGUUAGGAUCUUGUUGGGUCUGCAACAAAAAUAUGAGGCCCAUCACAACUGCAGAUUCACUCUUGAAGCCAUAAAUGCUGCCGUGAACCUGUCAGCAAGAUAUAUUGCUGAUAGAUAUCUUCCAGAUAAAGCUAUUGAUCUCAUUGAUGAGGCAGGAAGUAGAGCUCGUAUUGAGGCCUAUAGAAGGAAGAAAGAACAAAAAAGCUUUAUACUUUCAAAGUCGCCCGAUGAUUAUUGGCAAGAAAUUAGAACUGUCCAGGCCAUGCAUGAAGUGGUUCUGGCAAGUCGGUUGACAAAUGAUGACAGUGCUUCCAGCAUGGAUGGCACUGGAGAAAUUACUUUAGAGUCUCGUUUGCCGCCUGCAUUAAAUGAUGAUGAACCUCCUGUGGUGGGGCGUGACGAUAUAGCAGCAGUUGCUUCACUCUGGUCAGGAAUACCAGUUCAGCAGCUGACUGCCGAGGAAAGAAUGUUUCUGGUGGACCUUGAAGAGGAGCUUAGAAAACGAGUUAUUGGUCAAGAUGAGGCUAUUGCUGCAAUAUCUCGAGCUGUUAAGAGAUCCCGUGUUGGCCUGAAGGAUCCUGAUAGGCCCAUAGCAGCAAUGCUGUUUUGUGGACCAACUGGGGUUGGCAAGACUGAACUAACAAAAGCUUUGGCUCGAAGUUAUUUUGGAUCAGAGUCAGCCAUGCUUAGAUUGGACAUGAGUGAGUAUAUGGAACGACACACUGUGAGCAAGUUAAUAGGAGCACCUCCAGGCUAUGUUGGUUAUGGUGAGGGGGGUAUUUUGACAGAAGCUAUUAGAAAACAGCCUUUCACAGUGGUUUUGCUUGAUGAAAUAGAAAAGGCACAUCCAGAUAUAUUCAACAUUCUCCUCCAAUUAUUUGAAGAUGGCCACCUUACAGAUUCUCAGGGAAGGAGGGUAUCAUUUAAGAAUGCAUUGGUAGUAAUGACCUCAAAUGUUGGUUCUACUGCCAUUGCAAAGGGUGGGCGCGUCUCCAUCGGUUUCAUGAUUGCAGAUGAUGAGAAUUCUUCUUAUGCUGCAAUAAAAUCAUUGGUAAUGGAAGAACUCAAGGGAUAUUUUCGUCCAGAGUUGCUCAACAGGAUAGACGAAGUUGUGGUAUUCCAUCCCCUUGAGAAGGCUCAGACGCUCCAGAUUUUGAAUAUUAUGCUGCAAGACGUGAAAGAAAGGCUGAUAUCUCUUGGAAUUGGGUUGGAGGUGUCAGAAUCAAUAAAAGAUAUUGUAUGCCAGCAAGGUUACGACCAGUUUUAUGGUGCCCGGCCUCUCAGGAGAGCAGUUACUCAAAUAAUCGAAAACCCCUUGAGUGAAGCAUUCCUUGCCGGAGACUUUAAGCCUGGUGACACAGCUUUCUUUGAUCUGGAUGCUUCAGGCAAUCCAGUUGUCUCGCAUUGGUCAGCUAUGAGAAUGCACUUGUCUGAGACAACAUCAACCUUCUAAUCUUUGUUUAUAUGUUCAAAUUUUGUAUGGUUACUACAGAAAGUAUUUUCAGUACGAUAAGCAUCGUUUAAUCACAGCAAGUUAUGAAAGAGUAAUUUAUGGGGUAGCUUUGGCUGCACUCUGUAACUGUUUACGAGCAUGCCAAAUUGCCAAUCUUGGCUGGUUCUCUGUAAGAGAAUGGUGAAGCUCAGAAGUAGUAGCACGCAAAGCGAGCGAGGAGGGAUUGAACUUGAAGCUUAGAGUCCAAAGUGUAAAUGUUGUACGAGAAAAAUUGGAGGGAAAUAAAGAGCUGGCACUCUUUCUUUCUUGCUGCUUA